AUGGCCGACAACAAUUUCAACAACACCAAGGGCAUCGACAACGACAUCAAGGACACCGAGAAAAAGUCACUGAGAGACCUGCCAGCAGAGGUUCUGAUCCAUAUCGGCUUGGCUCUGCCCUCCCGCGAGUUUGGUCGCUUCCUCCAGACAAACAAGACCAUCCACUCCUGCCUCGACUCCCACUACGUCUGGCACCUACGCUUCACCACCCGCUUUGGCCAAACCAUCCUCGAAGACAAACUCAACCCAUCCCUUCCCAACAACAGCGACUCCGCCAGAUUGUCUCCACCCCUGACCCCAUCCUCACCCAGACUCCCUUCACCCAACAGUCAGACUUUUCAUAGCAGCAGCAACAUCAACAGCAACAAUAAUAGUGCUAACACAAGUCCGAUUCUGCAACAGCAACAACAAUUCAACAACCAUUUGGACCCUGUCUCGGCUGCUUCAUCUCUGUUGCCCUCUGCUGCCUCCUCGCCCCGACUCACACCUUCUGCAGCACCACAGACCCCUCCCUCCGACUCAUCUUCUAAUGAGGGCAGCGGCAGUGAUGGCAGUGGCAAUGGUGGGGAGGGGUCAUCUUCAAGCUCCGCCAAGAGGCCGCCGGGUAAAGCACGCCGAAUCGACCUCCAAAGGACCAACAUGGCCUCCAAGGAAAUGUUGAUUAACAUAUACAAGCAACUUUCACGAAUGACGCUGCCAGCCGAGGAUAUGAUGAUCGCCCAUAUGGGAAACCAAUUCUGGAGGAUGAUUACCAGCAGCGAGAGCAAGUAUGGCAAACUGGCAGAGCUGGCCUCGGUCUGGUGGAUGGACGUGAUCGCUGUCUUCUAUGGUGUCCCGCCAGGACGAUACAAGGUCCAAUGGCGAGUCAAGGUCACAUCCGAUGGGCCUGUCGUCAACACCGAGUUCAGAGCCGUCCUCUUUGGCAAGCAUGAGGAUCCUAAUACAGUAGGAGAGAGGCCGAAUGCAUUGACCUUCCGGCCAACGAGCAAACAGGAGUUUGUCCAACAUACAGACAGUCAAGGGAGCAAAGUCAACAAAAAGCCCUUCUCGAACUUGUUCAAGGGUUUUACUAUCCUGGAACUGCCUGGAGAACUGCUUGUUGAGGAUGACUAUCGGGGCGUCUUUCUCCAAAUUCGCAACCAUGAUGAUUGGAAGUCUGGACUUUACAUCGACUAUGUGCGACUGGUGAACCUGGAUGACCCAGAGCAGAGCCAGGAGAGUUUGGCCAAUGGCCUUCAUGGACAGAGGGUCGCUGCCGGGAAGGAGCCCGUGGAUGACAAAGGGGAGGAGUACUACCCAACAUCAUCAUCAUCGUCAGGACCACUGCCGUGGUUCCAGCAAGCGCUUGGUAUCAACCCAACAGCAGGAAUUGAUCCUCGAAAUCGCCUCCGAUCCCCUCAAGCAACGACAAUUGAGUACUAA